AUGGAUGAAAAUAGACGUUUCCUCGGCUUGGCUGGAAACGCAAAGUGUCGAAUUUGGAGAUGUCACAUUUCUUGCGCCCCGACGACACGUCUUGCCGGAGAAUGGUUGGAACAGCGGCUCCGAACAUCCUUUGGAGGCGCCUCGCUCCGUCUGCAGGUGACGCGCGUCGUCUCCGCCGUGCGUUCGACAGGCGCGCCGGCGGCGGCAGUGGCGGCGCUGUUGGAUGUGUAA